AUGAAUGUUGAAGAUAAAAAACAAGAAAGAAGCAAGGCUAAAAUGGCGGUCGCUGUCGCUGCGAGGCGUCUGAUCGUAGCCUACAACAGAGAUUGUGAAUAUGAUAUUUUAAAGGAUUCAAUGUUCGAACUUGAAAAGGUAUUUGAUGAUUUUUGCGUUAUAAAUGAGGAAUACGAACUCAUUGUAUCUGACGAAAAAUACGCUGAACACCGUGUAGUUAAUGGUGAAGAUAUUAGGACUUACAGAGACAAUGUAAAAAGGUGCUAUGAAGAAGCUAGGAGUGUAUUUUUUAGUGUAAAGACAACAAUCGAACAAAAAGCUAGACAACAAAGUGCUGGGCCUGUCAAAGUUGCCCUAAAGAAUGACAUUUGUAGAAUUCAUGAACUAAUCACAGUCGUUGAUGAGAGUUUUAAACUGGAUAAUGUGAAUAUGGCAGCUUUACAACUAGAUAAGAGUGAUCUGCAGUCAAUUUUGAACAUAAUAUGUGAUGACAUGGCAAAACUUGGCUCGAUUCAAACACAAGAGGAAGUUAACCUAAUCCAAGAAGUCGAUGCUAUUAUCAGAGCAGUUUACAAAUGCAUCAGAAAGAUAAACUUGUUUUUGCAUGAGCAACAAGCAUUUGUUAAAUCACCACACAUUGAAACUGCCACUCUCCCCUCCGAAACCAACACCCCCCUGAGACCAUUAACACUGUGUCCCCCCGGAGAUCAACACCAACAUCCCCCCUGA